AAUGGCCCAUGAAUGUAGUGUGGAAUUUAUCUAGGGGUAUAUUAGGAGUGACGAGUCUAAUCUCAUAAGAGGCUCAAGCCGCUUGAGGCCGCAUAGAGAAGAGGAAGUGAGCGAUCAGAAGCAUUGUAGUUUUUCACUGUAACUGUGUCUGUCGUGUCACACCACUUUCAGGACUUUUCUGUCGGGGAUGUCACUCGCAGUUGGAUGUCCUGACAUGACGCCGCAUUGAAUUGAGAAUGCAAUGGGUUGAGGAGAAGCCUGGAGCAACUUUACGGAUUUACCAGGAUGCUUAGAUCUAUACGCACGUGUUAUAUCUGAGUGCAGAGAUGCCUUUGAUGAUUGUGGAGACGAGCUGCAGCCUGAUUGGCUGGCUCUUUCUGUAUGUGCUGCUGUGUCACUUGAACAGUGAGAGAGAUUGUGAGUGGAAUUGCAGACUGGUAACUCUGCUCCACGGCAUCCUGAUCGUCUGUGUGACUGCCUACAUUGGCUUCAUUGCUGGGCCAUGGCCUUUCACACAUCCAGGCACUGAAAACACAUCUCUCCAGAUCCUGGCUCUUGUUCUCAGCUUGGGAUACUUCCUUUUUGACAUGGCUUGGUGUGUGUAUUUCCGCACUGAGGGUCCGGUGAUGCUGGCCCACCACACUAUGAGCAUCCUUGGGAUCGUGCUGGCGCUAGGACUGGGUGAGUCAGGCAUCGAGACCUGCGCUGUCCUCUUCGGCAGUGAGAUCACUAACCCGCUCUUACAGGCCCGCUGGUUCCUCAAGCGCAUUGGCCGCUACGACAGUUUAGCUGGAGAUGUGGUGGACCUGCUCUUCAUUCUUCUGUUUGCCUUUGUGAGGAUUGGUGUUGGGAGCAGAAUGCUUUAUUGUGAAUUAGCCUCGCCGAAGCCGUCGCUUAUAGUUAAAGUCGGUGGAGUGGCUAUUUACACUCUGUCCUGGAUCUUCAUGAUAGACAUUGCACGUUUUGCCUGCAAGAAAACCCGGGACAAAUACAGGCGAUGGAAGGAACAGCACAAGCUGGAUGAUACUAAUGGACAUGCUGUUAAAGUCAAAUAGGACUGGGAAAAAUAUUUUUGCUGAUAAAUGUAGCUAGAAAUAUUUUGCUAAUUUAACAAGGUUCCUUUUUAAUGGAUUUUUAAAAAACACACAAAAUAUAAAACAUCUAAAACAUAACUAGAAAAAUGUAAAUCCAAUUCCCAUUUCUGACUUUCUCAGUUUUUAUUAAUUACUACACACAUCUCCCAUGUCAUAUGAAGAUUUUUCUUAAAUUUUCUGACUUUUCAAAGACAUAUUAAGAUAUGAAUAAUUUCCACUACAUAUUAAGAUUUUA